UCGUUUUUAAAAAAACUGGACACCGGAACUGCUCGCUGUCUCGCCAAGUAGCAACUCUCUCUCUCUCUCCAUCCAUAUGCUGAGGUCAGUGUCCGGCUCGAACUCCUCCAGGGGCAUCGCCGCCGUGGUCGGCGUCGGCCCCCGGCUCGGCUCGGCGGUGGCACGCAAGUUCGCCUCCGAGGGCUACACGGUGGCCAUCCUCUCCGGCGACCUCGAGAAGCUGUCGCAGCUGGCCGAUGAGAUCGCGCAGGAGGCGAAGGCGCAGGUGUUCGCGCUCCGGGUGGACUGCGCCGACGCGCGCUCCGUGCGCGAGGCCUUCGAGGGCGUGCUCUCCCUCGGCCCCGUCGAGGUGCUCGUCUACAACGCCUGCGAGCCGCCCGCCGACGCGGCAGCCGCACACCCCACGCCCUUCCUCGCCAUCUCGCCCGACGCCUUCCACCGCGCCCUGGCCGUCUCCGCCGCAGGGGCCUUCCACUGCGCGCAACAAGUCAUUCCGGGGAUGGUGGACAGGGGCAGGGGCACCAUCAUCUUAACGGGCUCCUCGGCGUCGGUCACCGGCUUCGCCGGCUACUCCGAUCUAAGCUGCGGCAAGUUUGCUCUGAGGGGGUUGUCCCAGUCGCUGGCCAAGGAGUUCCAGCCGGCCGGCGUGCACGUUGCUCACGUGAUCAUCGACGGCGUUAUCGGCGACAGGAGGUCGCCGAGGAGCAGCAGGGCCGGCGCGGGCGACACGGCGGGCGCGGACCCGGACGCGGUGGCGCAGAGCUACUGGCACGUCCACGCCCAGGACAAGAGCGCCUGGACGCAGGAGAUGGACAUCCGGUCACCGUCCUUCAUGUAGCAGUACGAUCGAGCUAGCAGCUGCUGCGUGCGACUGUCGUGUGGCCCAGUGGCAUCUUUAGUGGUGUGCUACAUUUCCAAGCAGGAGAGAUUCAGUUCCGGCCGUGUCGUCUCGCGCGUGUGUGUGCGCGGCUGCGGAUCGGGAAUCGUGUCCCCGUCCCGGGUCGCAAGUUCGCGCCGCGCUAGCUUUAGUGUGUGAUGCUCGCCGGUCGCCGCUGGUUCCUCCGUUUGUGCGCAGGAAUUGCUGCUGAAAGCGACAGUGCAGCUUUCAUUGGCUUUCUUUUCCUCUUGCCCCAAUCGCCGGCGGCGGCGAUCGGCCUGCAAGCUCUUGUAUUUGUGCAAGAUAUGCAUGCUUGAUGGUUGCUACGGCAGUUGAGCAUCU